UUUUAUUAUGCUUAGUUGAUAACCGCGUGCCGCGCGUGGCGCCCGUGCUUCCAUCCACGUCGCAAGAGUUGACAUCUAACGUUAUAGUCUGACCUAUUUUCACCGCGCAACCUCCCGUUUAGCCGUUCAAAUUGUUUUAAAUCACUUGUGCUCAACCCUCGCAGGCCACUGCAAGUUCAACAGGAUUUUGCGAUCGAAUAACCGUCCGAAAUUUUAGGCACUGCUGAUAAUUUGAUCAAGAUAGGGCCUAUAGCAGAUUUACGAUGGCAAACAAGUGGCAAGAAGACAACAGAGAACAACAACAUUGCUAUUCAUGUCAUUCCACCCGAUGGAGAAGAAGAUGACGAGUUCGUGCCGCCGCUGCGCCCACGACGCAAACUUAGCACACCCCUGAGCGCUCUCCCUGCUUCCGUGGAUGGACUAUCGACACCCUCAGAUCUACUCCGUGCGUCACCGACGCGCUCCCUAUCUCCUUUCGAUAGGACCAAACGUCGCUUCAGCACCAUGGUUUCGAGCGCCGCAGCUGCCGCAGUGUCGCGGCGAUUCUCCGCCACCAUUGGCUGGUGCCUCGCUACUCCAUCCGACGUCAAACCGCAAAUAGUUCGACAGGGCCGCGCUCUCUGUCUGCAAUAUAUUAAAACUCAAAUACGAAGGUCACCAACCUGCCCCAAAAAGAAUCUUAAUCAUCCAUCCUUUCAGCAAAUAGUAAUGAAACGUUUACAAACAAUGCUUGAAACCGAAUGCGGAGAAGAAGCUAUCAACAAUAUGGAAACUGGCGUGUUGGCUGCCCUGCGAGCGUUGUGCGCCGCUUUGGAGAGGAAACGCCCCGAGGCCUUCAGGCAUGUUGCUCGACAGGCCACGCGUGCCCCGUCUGCCAUGCUACGAACUGAUACAGCCCUGGCAGAACUUACACUCGCAUUGGCACGACGCAUCACCAGGGCUAACGUUACCUGGUCUAAGAUUGCGGCCGUAUUUUGUAUUUGUGGAGCAUUAGCCAAAGAAGCUGCCGAAUCAGCGGACGGGGAACCACCCCUUGAAUUAGUAGCGGCACCUGCAGCUGCAAUUGCGGACCUUCUACAUGAAAACACAGGCUCCUGGAUCGCUGCAAAUGGUGGAUGGAAUGGCCUCAUCGAGCGACUUCGAAUCAGUGAUCGAGAUCAGAGGUCCGAGAAAACGCUACGUGUGAUGGUCUCAUUCUUUGUAACAGUUUGCCUCAUACUCCUGUUAUUGCGAUGGGCAUGGGCGUAACGAAGAUAUCAGUUUUGAUCUUAUUGUGUACCUAGGUGAUCUAAGCAUUUUAGCCAUACUAAGUGCUGUAAAAUAAGUAGUACAAUUAUUAUUUUAAAGCUAACCUACAAUGAAUUUGAAUUCGGACGUAGGUACCCAGAGGUAGGUAGGUAGUACUUGCGAUUCAUUGUCCUAGCACAUAAGUAAUUUAUAAUAUUACCUACUUACUACGUCCUAAUACCUAUUUAUAAAUAUAAUAAUUUAUGUGCUCGAUUUUUAAUCAGUUUACCUAUUUAAAAAAAUUAUCGAGCGGUGUCCAAAUUCGUGGACGUGAUUCAAAACGAAUAAGAGCAUUCACACCGCUGCUGCUGUGAGAACAAAAUGUAAUGUACCUAAUGUAAAUCAACAUAAACGCCAGGCGCACCAGCCUCACCAGCUGUCCAAUACUACCUAAUGUACUUAUUAUAAAAUACAACUAGGUACUUAUAAUGUGCUUAUACAUGUUUUGGACCAUGCCUUGGUGUAGACGUGUUAUACGCGUAUGUUUUUAAAUAUACUUAACUGAUUUUUGCCAAGCAAGGUCUGAAUUAAUUAAAAUAUAAUAAUUACUACGUGGUACUUGUAAAUCAUUCGGUCUACCAUCUAAUAAAUCUUAUUAAACGAUUAGGAACUAUAAUGAGGAAUACUAAUAAGAAUUUUGCUGAAUAAAACUUGAAAAGUUAAAAAUAAGUACUUAGUAGGUAAGUAGGUACAAAAUGUUUUCGUAACUCAUGACAGACCUCAACGUUUUCCAUACGUGGAAAGUGUAAACUCGAUUAGUAUAUCAACUUCAUAAGUGUAGCCCUCGGCAAGCUUUACUUAUACUGCCUUGGGAAUUUCGAAAAAUCCGGCCAUAUUCCUUGUCUGUAAGUCAUUACCCAUUAGGUAUAAAGGCAUCCUUUAUGUAAUGUACUUUCAGCAUUCUAAGUCGAAGGGAUGGGGCGAUGCCGAGGUCUGUAUCUAAGUAAAAAUAAUUGUUAGUUUUCGUAUGAAAUUGUUCUGCCGUUUUACCUUUAAAAAGUAUUAAAGAAAAUUAAUAAAUAAAAUAUAUUUUGAUGUUUUG